AUGGGGGCUCGUUGCUCUAAAUUCUCUUUCUGCUGGUUCCACUCCCACCUCAAACCUUCUGUCCUUGAAUCCUCUGACCAAGAAAAUGGCGAGAAGGGUGAGAGAAAAUUGUGGCCAAGUUUUGGUGAGUUCAAUUUGGAGCAACUGAAGGUUGCCACAAAUGGGUUCUCCUCAGAAAACAUAGUGUCUGAGCAUGGUGAGAAAGCUCCAAAUGUUGUUUACAAAGGAAAACUUGAUAAUGGACAGUGGAUAGCCAUCAAACGUUUCAACAAGUUUGCUUGGCCUGAUUCUCGCCAAUUCCUCGAGGAAGCCAAACAAGUGGGGAGCCUUAGAAGUGAACGUCUAGCAAAUUUGGUUGGUUAUUGCUAUGAAGGGGAAGAGAGGCUGCUAGUAGCAGAGUUUAUGCCACAUGAAACUCUGGCCAAGCAUCUCUUUCAUUGGGAGGCACAACCAAUGAAAUGGGCAAUGAGGUUGAGGGUGGCUUUCUACUUAGCUCAAGCUCUAGAAUAUUGCACUAGUAAAGGAAGGGGUUUGUAUCAUGAUCUCAAUGCCUACAGGAUCUUGUUUGAUCAGGAUGCUAAUCCCAGGUUGUCUUGCUUUGGUCUCAUGAAGAACAGUAGAGAUGGCAAGAGUUACAGUACAAACCUGGCUUUCACCCCUCCUGAGUACUUAAGGACUGGUAGAGUGACUCCAGAGAGUGUGGUUUACAGUUUUGGAACUCUGCUGCUAGAUCUCUUGAGUGGUAAACAUAUUCCACCAAGCCAUGCACUUGACUUAAUUCGUGGCAAAAACUUUUUGAUGUUGAUGGAUUCUGCCUUAGAGGGUCACUUUUCAAAGGAUGAUGGAACUGAGUUGGUUCGUUUGGCUUCUCGUUGUUUACAAUAUGAAGCUCGUGAGAGGCCAAAUGCAAAGUCUCUUGUUGCAUCUCUUUUGUCACUUCAGAAAGAAACAGAGGUCCCUUCAUAUGUUCUGAUGGGUCUCCAGCAAGAAACUGCAUCCUCAACAAAGCAAUUGUCAUUGACACCUUUUGGUGAAGCUUGUUUGAGACUGGACCUUACUGCAAUACAUGAAAUAUUGGAGAAAACUGGUUACAAGGAUGAUGAAGGAAUUGCCAAUGAGCUUUCCUUUCAAUUGUGGACCAGUCAAAUGCAAGAGACCUUGAAUUUGAAGAAGCAUGGAGAUACUGCUUUUAGAGCUAAGGACUUUGUUACUGCCAUUGACUGCUACACUCAAUUCAUAGAUGGAGGGACCAUGGUGUCACCUACAGUGUAUGCAAGACGCUGCUUAUCUUAUUUAAUGAAUGACAUGGCACAAGAAGCCCUUGGGGAUGCAAUGCAAGCCCAAGUGGUAUCUCCAGAGUGGCCUACUUCUUUGUAUCUUCAAGCAGCUUGUCUUUUCAGCCUCGGAAUGGAAAAUGAUGCACAAGAGACUCUCAAAGACGGGACUAACAUGGAAGCCAGAAAAAACAAAAACUGAAAAAGUUGUAUAGAUUUUUCUUUUUCUUUUGUUGUCUUAAGCAUUAUUUCAUUUCAUGCCCUUUAAAGUAGUUUUUCUUAGGCUUUGCUUCCAAUUUCCUUCAUGAUUUAUUUGUUUUUAAUUUCUUUUUUAAUUUUUUUUUGGCUUUCCGUAAUGCCCGGGACAAAAUACAGUGACUGAUUUGAAAUUUUAUACGCGUGCACCCUCUUUUUCCUUCUUUUGUU